CGGGAGUCGCUUCGCUUCUUCCACCCACUCGCACCUGCCACCGCGCGGAUACCAUGUCGAAGGCGGCUGGAGGCGCGGCGGCGGCGGCGGCGGCGGAAAGUUGUCCCCCAACCUCUGCGGGCCAGCCCGCGGCCGCCGCCGUGGAGGACCUGUCCAAAGUGUCGGACGAGGAGCUGCUGCAGUGGAGCAAGGAGGAGCUGAUCCGCUGCCUGCGGCGCGCGGAGGCCGAGAAGGUGAGCGCGAUGUUGGACCACAGCAACCUCAUCCGCGAGGUGAACCGCCGCCUGCAGCUGCACCUCGGCGAGAUCCGCGGGCUCAAGGAUAUUAACCAGAAACUCCAGGAGGACAACCAAGAACUGAGGGAUCUCUGUUGUUUCCUGGAUGAUGACCGGCAGAAGGGCAAGAGGGUGUCCCGGGAGUGGCAGAGACUCGGCCGCUACACGGCUGGGGUGAUGCACAAGGAAGUGGCCUUAUACCUGCAGAAACUGAAGGAGCUGGAGGUGAAGCAGGAGGAGGUGGUGAAGGAGAACAUGGAGCUCAAGGAGCUCUGCGUGCUGCUGGAUGAGGAGAAGGGCCCGGGCUGCGCGGGCAGCCGCUGCUCCAUCGACAGCCAGGCCAGCCUGUGUCAGCUCACCGCCACCACGGCGCCCUACGUGCGGGACGUGGGCGACGGCAGCAGCACCUCCAGCACGGGCAGUACCGACAGCCCCGACCACCACAAGCACCACGCGAGCGGUGGCAGCCCCGAGCACCUGCAGAAGCCCCGGGGUGAGGGCAGCCCGGAGCACUCUAAGCACAGGAGCACCAGCCCCGAGCAUCUGCAGAAACCCAGGGCCUCCGGGACCCCGGAUCACCCCAAAGCACUCAAAGGACCCAGCCCCGAGCACCACAAACCCUUGUGCAAGGGCAGCCCUGAACAGCAAAGGCACCCGCAUGCGGGAAGCAGCCCUGAAACGCUGCCCAAGCACGUGCUGAGCGGGAGCCCUGAGCACUUCCAGAAGCACAGGCCUGGGGGCAGCCCCGAGCACGCCAGGCACAGUGGAGGGAGCCCCGAGCAUCUUCAGAAACACGCCCUCGGUGGAAGCCUGGAACAUCUACCCAGGGCCAGGGGCACCAGCCCCGAGCACCUCAAACAGCAUUAUGGGGGAAGUCCUGACCACAAACACGCGGGCGGAGGAGGCGGCGGCGGCGGCGGCGGCGGCGGAGGCAGCAGAGAGGGCACCCUUCGAAGGCAGGCGCAAGACGAUAUGUCACCGCAUCACCGGAAUGUCUACAGUGGCAUGAACGAAUCAACCUUGUCCUAUGUUAGGCAGCUGGAGGCAAGAGUAAGACAGCUGGAGGAAGAAAAUCGCAUGCUGCCCCAGGCCACCCAGAAUAGAAGGCAACCUCCAACUAGAAACAGCUCAAAUAUGGAGAAAGGCUGGGGGCCCAGAGCCCGGCGGGUCUUGCAGUGGUGGCAAGGGUGCCGAGGAAUAGGACGAUGCCUGCCCACUCUCCCGGGUUCUUUUAGGUUGUCAUCAGGGGCUGAUGGGAGUAACAGUUCACCCAACUCUCCAGCUAGCUUCAGUGGACAUACCACACCUUCUCAGCAGCCUGAACCCGUGGUACAUUCUCUUAAGGUCUUGGAUGUUCAGGAAACUAUAGAUCGUCAACAGGGUAAAGAGUAUGAACAUGACCUUAGUGAGACAGAAAAAGCUAUAGUCAGAGAAAUGUGCAAUGUUGUAUGGAGGAAACUUGGAGAUGCUGCAGGUUCGUGUCCUGGAAUUAGGCAACAUUUGUCCGGAAACCAGUACAAAGGACCAAUGUGACAAGCACUCUCUUUCAAACAUGACACAUCACCACUGCCAGAGAGAUAAAAGAGAAGAAGAGAGUGGUUUUCCACAAACCUGGACUCAAAGAAUAACAUGGAGUGAUUGUACAUUGCACAUAUUUUCCCUCUAAAAUCUUUAGUAUAACUGAAGUUGUAUUUUAUGUCUCUCACUUUGAUGUUCACAACAGUCAAUCUCAAAUAAGGUAGCUUUGAAAAAAAUAACCACUUUGGUACCAAUAUUUUCAUUAGAACUAAAACGUCUUUGACUCUUCAGGUCUAAGAUUGUAACUGGGAAACCUGCAUGAUUGGAGGAGUCCAGUAGAGCCUCUGGUUUUGACAGAACUGAAUCAUUGCAUCAUAUAAUGGUGGGAGUGUUCUACCAUCUUGUAUUCAAGAUAUGAAAAGGUGGUUUCCAGCUUCCCAAGUUGAAGAGUUGAGCACCUAUUUCUUAUAUUUUAGUCAACAUAAAACUAGUUCCCUGAUGCAUAAUUAAUUUGGAUGCAAGAUAACUUAGGUUCCUGAGAUUUUGUUUUGAUUUCUGAGGUGCUAAAAAUACCACAUAAAUUUUUCUUACCAGCUAGAAGGGUAGCAAGACUGUGUAGAGUGCUUAUCAGAGAGUACCAUUUAUUUCAACUGAUCAAAAUAAAUAUACCUUUUCUUUUAAACCUGAUGUACCGUUCAUGAAGACAUCUUGGGGACAUAUCAACCUCCAUCUUUAUUCAGUGUAUUCAUUACUGUUAAUAUUACCAAUUUCAAUUAAAUAACAAGCAAACAUAAUUUUUCCACGUGUUUCCAGCUGUGCGAUGUCAAUUUCUACAGUUUCUAGACAUGCUGUUAUAUUUAAUAAACUUUCUGUAAACUUUAAAAUAUUGCACUGCAUUUAUGAAAAAAGCUUUCUUUGCCUACAGCAGCUAUCUAACAUUUUAUGAAACUGACGCAUGUCCUUCAUUACUGAAACUAAAAGCUCUUGUUCAGAUUGCUUGAGGUUUAAAGAGGAGGUGUGCUAGCUUUGCUUAGUUUCUUAUUUUUGGUAUAUAUAUAUAUAUAUAUUAAAAAAAAUAGACUAUGUGUAUUGGAAAUGCUAUGAUAGGUAUUUUGUGUUUACCCAAAUGCAAUGAUAGUUUCUUGUAUGAAUGUGCAAGAGGCCUGUGACAGAAUGCUAAGUUUUUACUGUAGUUUAAGAUUAUAAAAGUAGGAAUGCAACAAUUCCCAUUUUCAGAUUUCUUCUAAUUUACUCUGAUUUGAUUCACAGCAGGUAUUCUGUUAUUGCUCUCAUUUUUAAAUGGGCUUAUUACACAUGUAUUAAUUGUCACUGGUGAAGGAAUGUAAAGGAAUUUUGUUAUACUUUUCUGAAUGUUAUUGUGAUGAAAAAGCAGCCCUGUUUUCAGAAAAUAUUUAUGAACUAAUUUGCUAAAGAAUUAUCUCUCUAAUUAUCAUAAUUGGGUUACGAUUUAAGCUCUUUUAAAUGUUCUAUAUUUUGAGAAUAUUAUUACUGUGUAAAAGAAAAUUACUUGCUAUAUUUACACCUUCUCCUGAAAAGCUUUCAUCCUUAAAUUGUUGUAUUCCUAUACUCUGAAGACAUUUAAAACAAGUUUUUGUGCCUGCAGUAGAGCCUGCAGAAGCUAAUACAAGGAACACUGGUCUUUUGACAAAAAUACUUGUGUAAAUUUUGAUACUGUAUUAAAACUAUUUUUUUAAAGUUCUGCAUAAAAUUGGGUAUCAAGUAUAUGUGUUCAUCUUAGCAAUGGUAAUAAAUUAUUUAAUCUCA